AUUGCGCAUGUGCAAAUCUAUCAAAACACCGACAAAAGAGCGACGCUUGCAUGGAAUUUAUCUAGAAAAAAAUGUCUUAUGGACUUAGAUUAAUUGAUUUUUUAAAAUAAAUAUUUCUUUCUUGAUAGUUACGGUUAAUUUGUAUGAAGGUUAGCAAUCCGUUCUCCAUACACAGCGUACCUGGCCGAAGGUUACAUUAACAGUAGCUAGCAUGCUAAGUACUGGUUAACCACCGUCUGUUGUUUGCUAGUUAAUAUGUUUCACACGCUGUUGUUUGUAAGGCUUUUCUGUGUUCCUUUAGUACGCAGUCGAGGAUAAAUGAAAAUGACUCUGACGCAGAGUGCUGAUUUCCAUCGAUUUUUAGCAUAAAUUUCCUCCGUGUUUCAAGCGUGCGUAGUACACCGUUUAACCUCAGUGUGAAAGCUCAGUAAGUGAUCUGGGGAUGGACAACGUUACGGUGUCAGCCUCCGAUGGGACCGCAGAGUGCCCUCUGGUCUCCGAGGAUAUGGAGGGGAUCUGUGUAAUGCCUGACUUGAGUGCCAUAAAGACUGAGCAGUCGGUGGGUGCAAGCCCAGACGACACAAACACCCAAAACGUGGCUAUGGGCAUCAAAUUCAUCUUGCCCAACCGCUUCGACAUGAAUGUUUGCUCAAGAUUUGUAAAGUCGCUCAACGAGGAGGACAGUAAGAACAUCCAGGAUCAGGUAAACUCUGAUCUGGAGGUGGCUUCCGUUUUGUUUAAAGCCGAGUGCAACAUCCAGACCUCACCUUCCCCGGGUAUACAAGUGCGUCAUGUUUACACACCAUCCACCACCAAACAUUUCUCGCCAAUCAAACAGUCCACCACUCUCACCAAUAAACAUCGAGGCAAUGAGGUGUCUUCCACACCUCUUUUGGUGCACUCUUUAUCCAUUCAUCAGCUGGCAGCCCAAGGAGAGAUGGUGUUUUUGGCCAGCAGGAUUGAACAAGAGACUGUAAUCAAUCUCCAAGAUGAGGAGGGCUUCACCCCGCUGAUGUGGGCAGCUGCACACGGACAAAUCGCUGUGGUGGAGUUUCUGCUCCAAAAUGGUGCUGACCCCAACCUCCUAGCCAAAGGGAGAGAGAGCGCAUUGUCCUUGGCUUGCAGUAAGGGAUACACAGAUAUUGUGAAGAUGCUCAUUGACUGUGGAGUCGAUGUCAAUGAAUAUGACUGGAAUGGAGGCGCUCCUCUGCUGUACGCUGUCCAUGGCAACCAUGUGCGCUGUGUUGAAAUCUUGUUAGAGAGCGGUGCUGAUCCUACCAUAGAGUCAGAUUCUGGUUUCAAUGCAAUGGACAUGGCUGUAGCCAUGGGCCACCGAAAUGUUCAACAGGUGAUGGAGGCACACUUGCUAAAGUUAUUGAUGGGGAUCAGAGAGUGAACUGCUGCACUUGAGGGAGAACAAAUACGGAAGAGAUGCUGCUGUGCGCUGGACAAUCAUGUAGCAUGGCCAGUCUGUCAGCCUGCAGGAGUAUUUUGUUCCCUUAAGAGAUAUUUCAUCAGCGUUGCUUCAUAUUAUUCAUGAUGCAAGUGAAGGUUUGUGGUGUGUGAAACAUCAGUUUUAACCCGCUUGAAGCCGUUAAGCUCUGCACUUUUUUCUUUUAUUCAACAUUGACUGUGGAGUUGCAUAUCCAAUCAAUAUACACUGACUGGUUGUCAAAGAGCAUGCUGAGUUCUUCACUACAGCCCACCACGCACUCCCCUCCACCUGUAGUAUGUUGCCAAAUGAGCAGUGCAGACUGGAAUUGACUUUGCUCUAAAGUAGCAAAGAGCUUACUUUUUACAUUGUUGUAAUUUAAUACCUUUUUCCCAUCAUUGUGUUUUAAGACUAACCUAUUAUCUUCUAUUACAUUAUUUUAUUGUAAUAUUUUCACGUUCACACUCUCUGAACUCGGGAUAUUUCUGAGGCACGAGAUUUUAUGACUCUGUCAAGCUGUUUGUGGUCCGUUUACUGAAGAUCUUUGUGUUUGAUGUAUUGAAUUUAUUUAUUUUAAUAAUUUAAACUGUUAUGUCAGUUUGUUUCUUUGUGCAGUGAUACAAAAUGUUCAGAUGUGUUGUGAAUUUUAAAAGACCUCACACAAAAAUUAAAUGACACACAAAAAUGCUGUGGU